AUAGUACAAUAUGUUCUCAAUCUCCAUUCUUAGUCCCUAUUCCUUAUAUAUCGAUCCAGUAUUUAUACAUCAGAAGAAAUAUGUUCCGAAUGAAAUCUAAAGACAGUUGCUCCCACCAAACUGGAUAGCUCAAGUUAGGAGAAUCCAAAGAAAAUAUGGUGUUCGGUGAUUGUCAUACUCCCUUUCCCGCAAUGCUUCAUGGCUUGAACUCCCCGAAGGGCAGACUCAUCCUUAUCGAAGCCCUGGUUCUGUUGGGGACAGUCCUUCUGUUUCUGCUGAUCAUCUUCGGUUCGUUCCGGCGCCGGUCCGGCAACACUGUCAUCCAAGGCGUCGUCUGGGUUGCUUACACAUGCUCCACCUACUUGGUUGUCUACACCGUUGGACUAAUGCAAUCCUCAGGCGUCAAUAAUGGAUUGCUUGCGCUAUGGGGCAUUUGCUUGUCUUUGGUACUCGGAAGCGCCAUCUCCAUUUCAGCUUAUGGCCUUGAAGACAAUGAAAAUUGGAAAAAGAAUUUAGUAGAACAUAUGAUAUACAUAUUUAUUAUUUGUGGCUUGGUGGGCACAUAUGUCCGCCUCACCCACUCCGGCUUCAAAGUCCCGGUUAUUGUACUUUCGAUUCUGACGGCUGCCAGAGUAGGUCAACGGACAGAUGCAUUUCGAAUGGCCACUAAAACAAACGGGCAGAAGAAAAGCAAAUUAAUAGCAGACUACAAGAAAUACGAGCCCGAAUUGACGCCUCAAGAUGAACCCGAUCCCACGAACAUGAGAGGAUACAAUUAUCUGGUUUAUGGAGAAGAUCGUGUUGGUCGUAUCUGUAAAGCUCCUGACUACUUACUCCGAAUAGAAAUAACUGAUCAUCGGGUAAUCACCGUCAACAAAAUCUGGCGGUGCACUGGAAGUCUGCUGAACUCGAGCGGAGAUCCAGAAGGGCGUUUGAAAGACAUUUGUCUCUCGUUUGCCCUGUUCAAGCUAAUUCAGCGUAGAUUUUCUGGCUAUCAACAUGCUGAGAGCAGCCUCCAAAAGACCCGGGACUUUGUAAUUCGGGGAUUGCUGUCCAACGAUGAUGAUGCUCAUGAAAGAGCCUUCAGGGUGAUCGAGAAUAAGCUGGGUCAGUUUUCGCUUCUUGAACAUUGUGAUUAUAAGCCAACAGCCAAGAACAAGUUAUAUAACAAGACAUGUGAAAUUGUUGGGAAGGCCAGAGCUGGCCAAAAGCAAAGCAAGCGAUUAAAGCUGCCAAGGGAGGUAAAGAAAGCAGUCGUCCGUUGGCUCAAACUCAACCAUGACGCCCUGCCGACCAACGGAAUUUCGUCUCUGCAACGAAAUGGAGUGAUCGCACAGCUUUCAUGGGCCUGCAAUCUUGAAACUCACGCGCAGGUAAUAUUGGUUUGGCAUAUAGCCACUUCUCUGUGUGAGAUCCACGGAUCCCGAGUGGAGCGCGCAAAGGUUACUUCGAUGGAGAUGAAGGAUAACCAAGUAGUUGCUAACAGCUUAUCGCGAUAUUGUGCAUACUUGGUAGGUUUUGUUCCAGAUCUUCUACCGGACAACGGUUUUGUAGCUCAGUUGAUCUUUGAUAACGCAGUAAAGGAAGCUUCCUCGCUACUCGGGACAUUCAACUUGGACCAAAGGUUUCGAAGUAUGAUGAACCUAAGUGACACUUCUCAGACUGUCGUUUGUAGGGGUGCGACACUGGGAAAGCAGUUGAUAGACAUGGAGACGCCAGAGAUGCGAUGGAAGGUGAUGGCGGAAUUUUGGGUGGAGAUGAUCCUGUUCCUUGCUCCAUCAGACAAUGCAAAAGCUCAUGCGGAGGGUCUUGCAAGAGGUGGGGAGUUCAUCACGCAUCUGUGGGCGUUACUUUCCCAUGCAGGCAUACUUGGAAGAGGCCAUAGCUGCAUACUUUAGUUGAUUGUCUGAUGCAUUCAGCAUUCUCCUGUGUGUGGGUGUGUGUCAAUAAGCGCUAGUUUGUGUGUGGGUGUGUGUCAAUAAGCGCUAAUUUGUGUGUGGGCGUGUGUCGAUAAGCGCGAGUUUGUGUGUGCUAGCGCGUGCAUCUGCCCGUGUGCGUGUCUGUAAGCGCUAGUUUGUGUGUGCCAGCGCGUUUAUGUGCCCGUGUGCGUGUGCGUGUGCGUGUGCGUGUGCAUGUGCGAGUGUUACUUGCGUGCAUUGCGUGCGUGCGCGGUACAGCCAGUUUUCGUUCUUUUAGCAAGUGUGUUCGUCUGUCAGUGGUGAUGUAAGACGUACUCGUGUGAAGUGAAUGUAGCGUCAUUCGAGCAAUCUCGUACUUGUGGAUUGUGUCUGCA